GGCAGAGAGGAAGAGGAGCGCCGUGUGGCUGUAUUUUCAAGUCGAAAACGAGACAACAGCAAAAUGUGGGAUUUGUAAAAUGCUAGUCAGGUAUAGUGGAAACACUACCAAUUCACAUAAACAUAUCCAUAGCCAUAAACAUGGAGCUACAAAAACGGAGAGACGAGGAGAGAAAAAAGUUUGAUAUUUUUCUAUUUAAUUAUAAACUGUGUCCUACUUUUGUCCUGGGUUUUGACUAUUUAAUAAUAAAAAAGGAAACAUCACAAAAAACACUUAAGGUCAUGAAAAUUAAUUAAGAUUUAGCAAUUCAAUGACGCAUCUACCUUUAUUUAAAAGUAUCGUAUCGGUAUCGGCGAUAGUGGCAGUAGAUCAGAUCGAUACCAAAAUAUGCAGUAUCGCACACCACUACUGUUUACCAAGAAAACUAAGCUCCUCUGACAAAAACAAGGGGCUGCGACUGCAGGGAGAGAGCAGUGUGGCUGAUUUACUCUAAGCACAGGCUCCUCAACCACUGAAUCUCCGUUCAGAUUAUACCGUCAGUCUUUGACUCCUAACACCGAGCAGCAUGUCGUGGGUGACUUCAGCCUCACAGCUCUGCACAAUGUUUCUGUCUCUGCACGCUGUUUUCCUGUGUGCUGUGGCCAUGGUGGAAAGCAGCAGUGGAAACGAACAAGCCUCUGCUGUGCCUGCAGAAGCCGAAGCCCUCAAUCCAUCAGUAGCCGGUCCUUUGACAGAGAGUUUCCAACCAGCCCAGUUAGGAGGGUCUCAGGGAGAGGUUGCUGCAUUGCGGCCUGUGGUGGGAAUCAGCCAACGAGUGCAAACAGGAUCCAAAAAGAAAAAGGACCUUGGCACACUGGGCUAUGUGUUUGGCAUACUCAUAAUGGCGGUCAUCAUCAUUCUUGGAGUUGGCAUCACACUGGGCUACUUCUACAAGAGGGGGAGGGACCUGAGGAAGCAGCAUGACCAGAGAGUACAUGAGCGGGAGAUGCAGAGGAUCACGUUGCCCCUCUCUGCCUUUUCCAACUCCACCUGCGAGCUUGUGGAUGAGAACACCAUCAUGAUCAUAGCAGAGCAAGACACCACCCCAGCGCAGAAGGUGCGCAUUGAGAGUGGAGACUCUCAAUGCAGUCUGGAACCCCUGAAGCAUGAGUUGCAUAAACUUAAAGAACUGAAAGCAGUCGUGUUAUGGACCAAAACCUAGUUUCUCCUUCUUUCACCUCCCCGAGUAAGCUUUAUUUUCUGAAAAGGGGAAAGCGGGUAGUCGUCACUUCAAUGACCUAAAUCAAUGAUGUGUCUGCUGCGUUCCAUUUUUUUGCCUUUUUAUUCAUAAAAGACAGGAAUAAGACACAGGAUGACACGAAAGGAGACUGUAGUAAAAUGUUGAUGUUGAAAAGAUGACAAGAAGUCUGUAUUUUGAGAAGCUUGAUGGUGAUGAAUGUGAGUCCCCUAAAUGACACUAUGAAUACGAGUGUACUGUACUACUAGUGUUGGGGGUGUUCAGGGAUAGUGGGGAAAAACCUUCUGUUUGUAAUAUGUGGAGCUGGUGCUCUCCACAGGACAUGCUUUUCAUUUGUAUUUACACUGGCUGUGUUGAGGGAGACACAGACAGACAAAGAAGUUAAUAGUGUCUGGGAGACACAAGAUGAGAUAAAAAGAGGCCCUAGAUUAUAUUAUAUCUGUAGCUUUUCUCCUUGUAAGUGACUCACAGCUUCGUGUUGAUACAAGCGUUAUAGUGGUCACUGAAAGAGGAUUCAGCUCUUUUUCUUCCACAGGUUAAGGAGUGACAGGAAAUACAGAGUGCUCUCAUUACAUGGUAACGAGAGACAGUAGUUAGUCCUCAGGACAAAAUAGCACUGCCACAACACAGAUCAGAAGAGAAAGAAAACUAUAAAAAUAUAUUAUUUUUGCAGAGCAGGGAUGUCUGUGUGCAUGCCCGAGUGUGUGUGAGUGUGAAAGUCAUACAUGUUGUGGGUGCAUGUAUGUUGGGGCUCUGAAGAAACCUGGUGCCUAAAUUAGAAUGUUUUGACAUUUGACUCACAGUUUCAAGACAAAAAGUGAUUUAGAAAAGUGACAUUAUACUAUAUUCAAAAGGGGAAAAAAGGUAUUUUCUUAGAUUCAUAAAAUAUUUUUAGUGUCGAAAUGGAAAGAAUGAAAGCUUUCCAGAUAAACCAGUAAUGUUUGGAAAAUAAUUUUAAGGAGGCUAGACAUUUGCACUCAGCUGUGUGCACUUAUUGCUGAAAGCUUCAGGUUACAGACAGUAGUCCGGUAAAUUAAGUCCAAAGUUUAGUGGUUGUAAAUUUAAUUCUUGUCAGCAUGAGUGAACACGUGCAGACUUUUUUUUUUUCAUUUUGUGAUGCACUGGUGUUGCCUCUGUGCUGUUUGUUAUUCCUUCACAUGCGGUGUUUUGUUUUGUGAUUCUUGCUGGAUCCACAUCACUGAUCACAUUUGGUUACUGCUGCUCCCGAGUAUUAACAGCAUGCAGGCUGUAUAUUUUCAUAAUGCAAAUGUUCACAAGUUAGAAUUUAAAAUUGUAAAUGUAUUUGUAUGAAAUGCAGAUUUCCACUGCUGCAGUUAAAAUAAAACAUUAAACACGUG